GACGGGCGGCAACAUUGGCCUUGGCAAGCAAUGCGUCCUGGAAUACGCCCGCCACCGGCCGGCACUGAUCUGGCUGGCAGCCCGCAACAUCGACAAGGCCUAAGCGGCGGCCGAUGAGAUACGACAGCAAGUGCCCGACGCCGCAAGACGUACGCAUCGUCAUGAUAUCAUCAGACGCCUACGUUUACGCCCCCAAGGAAGGCGUGCUCUUCGACUCGCUGCGCAAACCCGCCGACCUGGGCGCGCUUGGCCGCUACGGACAAAGCAAGCUGGCCAUGGUUCUCUGGACGCGCUACAUAGCUCACAGAUACCCGCAAUUCACCUGCGCGUCCAUUCACCCAGGCGUCGUGCGCACCAAUCUCAUAAACAACGCCACGGGGUCCCUCCCUAUCUGGCUGCUGGGCAAGGUGGCCAGCUUGGUCUUCACCCCGGUCGACCAAGGAGUGCACAAUCAGCUCUGGGCGUCCGUGUCCAAGGACGUCAAGAGCGGCGAAUAUUACGAGCCUGUGGGGAUUGGGGGGACCGUCUCGUCGUUAGGGAAAGAUGAUGCCCUGGCGCAGAAGGUCUGGGAUUGGACCGAGAAGGGGCUCGAACGAUAUGUGGUGUAGUGAGCGGGCAGAGUAUCGUAAUGUCUUCAUGC